UGUUCCGUUACUUUUUUUAAAUUCAUUCAUAUUAAUACAUUUUGGCUGAAGUGUAGCCCACAGCUUAACCUGUUUACAGCAGCGACGCAUUGUAUGAUUGGCGGAUGCCACCAACGUAAACACGAAGAAGACGCACUGUGGGCGUGUUUUCGUUUAUUCAAGUAUGUGCGGCGGUCAUGGCGAGUCAAGGCGAGAGCAAGACGAGUUUCUCCAAGUGGAAAUAUGCUCAUUAUUUCACUUUAGUUGAGCAGAAAGACAAAAACAUUUUAGUCAAGUGUAAGCUGUGUCUUUCUGGAUCGAAGGUCCUAUCUACUGCGACAAACAGCAACUCCAAUCUGUUGAAGCACCUCCAUAAACUACAUGCCUCGACGAAGCUAGAAGCUAACCCGGUGCCGGUGGACACAUUAGAAGUGAGUGAAGCACCUGCAGCCAAACAACAGCGACUAGAUUUUAACCGCACUGUUAGCCAAGGACAGAUCAACAAAGCUAUCGCACGUUAUGUUGUUGAAAACAUGCAGCCUGUCUCUACUGUGGAGUCACCGGCUUUCAGGCAGCUCGUUAGCAUGAUAACAUGUUCAGGGGGUACACAGCAGCAAAUGGGACGAAAAACUUUUUCCAACUACUUGGAUAAAGAAUAUUCAAAAAUGGAAAAUGAGCUGAAAACAACAUUUGAGGGGCUAGACUACAUCGCGACCACUGCAGACAUUUGGUCUGUCCACAACAAAAGCUUCCUAGGCAUGACAGCCCACUGGAUAAACACCGCUACUUUUAAACGUCAGAAAGCUGCGUUAGCCUGUAAAAGGAUGAAAGGUAGACACACGUAUGAUGUCAUCGCUGCUGAGAUCGAUCACAUCCAUUCAUUAUAUGGACUGUCCACGAAAGUUACAGCUACGGUUACUGAUAACGGUUCAAACUUUGUAAAAGCCUUCCAAAUGUAUCAGCCGGAAUCGCUCUCUGACGACGAUAAUGAAGAGGAUGAAGAGGUUACCUUCACAAAUGUUGCAGACGUGCUUGACACAUCCACAGAGGAGGGGAUUGUUUUGCCACCACACCUGAGGUGUGCCUCUCACACGCUUAAUUUAAUUUCAUGCUCUGAUGUGGACAAGUGGCUGCUUUCCAAUCCUGGGACUAAAGGAAUAUACAGAAGUGCUACAGCCAAGUGCACAGCACUGUGGAGUAAGGCUAGCCGGUCGACUUUGGCUUCAGAGUUAGUGGGUGAUUUGGUUGGCAAAAAACUGCUUGUACCAUGCUCCACAAGGUGGAAUUCAUUUUAUGAUGCUGUGGCAAGAAUAGUUGAAAUACCCAUGACUGACUUGAGUACCAUCUCUAAUCGUUUAGAGCUAAAAUGUAUUAGUGAGAGGGAGUUUCAGUUUUUGAGGGAAUACUGUGCCAUCAUGAAGCCUCUCACAGUUGCUCUGGAUAUCCUGCAAGGAGAAGAAAACUGUUACUAUGGCACCCUCCUGCCCACAAUAGAAGUUUUGAUGUCGAAGCUACUGGAGGUAAAAGAAGGCCUGAUUAUUGCAACUGGCCUACCUGAUGCAAUAGUUCAGGCAAUCAAAACACGAUUUGCAUCUGUUUUGGAAAGCAACGAUGCCAUACUGGCAGCUGUUACGCUUCCUAUGUUCAAACUGCGAUGGUUGAGAGACCAAAGGAAGAAAGAGAUGGUCAAAGGAAUGCUGGCAGCAGAGUGUCACAAGCUCAUCCCUCGCCCUGGCCCUGUUCAGCAAGCAGCCAAGAUGCCAGUGUCUCCGACAACACCAGACUCAAGCUCCUUCAAUGUGCAGGACUUUUUCUGUUUUGAGGAGGCUGAUGAUACCUUCAGCACUGUGGAAACUGAAGUAAUGACUUACUUGAGAACAGCCGAAACAGGGAUGGAGAUUCUUAAACAAUUUCCCACAAUAAAGGAAAUUUCUCUGAAGAAAAAUGCAGCUACUCCAUCCAGUGCACCCGUUGAAAGACUUUUCAGCCUGGGAAGUCUGGUACUGUCUCCAAAGAGAAACAAGCUGUCUGACCAAAGGUUUGAGAGACUACUUCUUAUGCGGUACAACCACUGGUUUGAAGGGUAAAACUCAACUUAAACAUUCAUUCAGGUCCUUGCUAGUAAGCACCUUUUGUUGAUUCAAAUAAAUAAGCACACAUUUGUUAUUAAAAAUAUUUGUUGUUAAAAAUAAUGGUUAGUUUAGUAGGCACAGUGAAAUUUCUGUUAUGUCUGAGAACACUAAUUUUAUGCAUUAUAAAAUGCAUUAUGUUGUAUUGCUAGGAAAAAUGCUGUUUUGUUUCUAUGUUUUUUACAUUGUUAUAGACAUAUACAACAGCAGAUUUUGCACUUUGAAUACACACAGCUUACUUUACAUAAGUUGGUGACAUGCAACUCUUAAUUUGUGGUUAUGUUGAAAAUUGAUAUGUUGUUUUUUAUGCAUAUCAUUUAUGGUUGUCAAUAAUAGCAGUUUUUUAAUGCUGAGUUUCUUCAAAUUGAUUCUGAAUAAUUCAGAUUGAUUUCAUUUAUUUAUUUUAGUUUUGUGUUAUGUUGUACAUUGUUGAUAGUUUUCAUACAUAAGCUGUGAAAGGAACAUUUUUAAGGGCGGAACUGCUUUUAUGAUGCAAA